AUGUCGAGUGAAUGGUCAGUGGAAAGUCUGAAAAGUAGUGGUAGCAGUCUUCACAUAAAAGAUAGAUCAUUAAGUGAGAUCUCAGUAAGCAUUCCAAAACUUACAAUUGUAUCAAUUGAAAAGGAGCAAAAAGUGGGUAGCUUAGUGAAACAGUUCAGUGAGGUGUCAGAAGACAUGACAGAGUAUUAUGACAGGCCAACAGAGAGGAGAAGGCAGUCAGUUCCAGCUUGCACUUCAACUCCAUGGAAGCCUGAUACAUUUAUGUCCCUGCAGUCUAGCAAGCAGGAAAUCCAUGACUCCGAGAGCAAGUGGGAAGUCCCGGGAAGAAAGUCAAGUGUAUCCAGCAUCAUUUCUCACUUCAGCAGUCAGCCAUCGGAGGAGGCGAGCACGCAAGAACACCGAAGGAGGGAGUCACCUCGGAAACUAGGCCAGAUGUCACCCAGAGUCAGGAACUCGCUGGAAAAGAUCACUGGUCAUUUCUCGCAAAAUACUUCGCUAGAUUUCUCCAGAGAUACUCAAGGGAGGGGUGUGUUGAAGAGUAAGGAGAAUAUUAACCCCAAUUUCCCACAAAAGAAAUCGCCAAUAUCUCAGCACUCGAAGGAGAAGGAAAACUCACCUCGCUGUAGAUCCAUAUUUUCUAGCAUAUCCUCACCCUUGUUGGAAGUGGAGGAUGUGCAAUUUUGUGAGACAGAGAUUGAAGACUUGUGCAACAUCGCUUUUCCUUCAUCAAAGAUAUCUUCGUGCAGCGAGUCGCUAAAUCUACCUGAAGAAAUGCUUGAAGAAAAGUCCUCCUCAAAUGAAGAUAAAUGCAGUAGAAGUGAGAAUCAGUUGCUUAAGGAUGAUGUGUUAGAUAGCAAGAUACUGGACACUUGUGACACUGACGAAGAAGUAGAAAACAUGCCUGAAGAAAAAGUGCCAUAUCAGUCUGGAAACAGUGUAAGCUUAAAGGAUGAGGGAAGUGCUUCAGAUAUUGGAAAGAGUAGUAGAAGUCCAGGUAGCUUUCCAUCUUGGAAUAUUCAGUUGAAGUCAGAUUCUCAGCUUCAAGGUUCCAUUUGUGACAUAGGAAAUUCAUCUCUUGGCAGCUCCAAAAAUAAGUCUUUAGAAAUUUCAGAUGGUGUUAGUAAUAAAUUCAUAAAUUUGUCUCUGGAAAAAGGGGACAUAAUAUCUGUGACUUCCAAGAAUUCCAGUGCCAGGUCUGUACAAGUGUUAGAAUCCCAGUGCAAAGACAGUUCAAGUUCAGAUGCUAUAAGGAGUGUCAGUGAGUGCUCAGAGGACUUAGAGAAUCAUGGUGUAGCUGAAGGCAGCUGUGAGGAUGAUCAGAGUGAAAACUUAAGAGCAUCAUCCAGUAAAAGUGGCAGCAGAGAAGAAUGCUUUAGCUCUGUUGAUUCUAAUGUAAACCCAGAUGAAGAUGCUCUUGAAGCUGUUGAAUCUGUGAGCCUUUGUAGCCUAGAGAGGGACACCUCUCAUGAACUUCUUGAGCUGGAUAUUGAUGGAUCUGGCCAUGAUGUCUUCGAUGGUGAAUUCUCAGAGGCCAGUGAAGUUAUUCUAGGCUUUGUGAGCAAUUCCCCCAUUUCAGCCAUAACAGAGAGAACGGAAGAGUCUGGCCAGGACAAUGACCCUAGUGGAGGGAGAAGAAUAAGUGAUUCUACAGGAGAGUCAAGUCAUCUACAAGAAUCUGCAAAAGAAUAUGAAAUUGAGUGCCAAAACAUAGGCCAAAUACAAGUGUCAUCUGCAAGUGCCAUACCAGGUCCAGUGAGGCAAGGUGGUUUCCCAUCCCUUCCCAUUAAUAUAGGUAGUAAUAUCAACUCUAGUCAGUUUGCCAACUCACACUCUCUACAGGAGACUGUGAGCCCAGUACAAACCCAACCAUCCUUGGAAGCUGGUGAUGAUCAUCAUGAUUCUAGUCAGACUCCCACCAGCAGGAUGGGUCAGAAGCCUCCAGUGAUCGGGGUGAAGGCAAAGCUCUGCAAAUUUCCUGCAGUUCCUCGAAGCCAAAGAGCAGGAGAAAAGCCCUCUGCAGUCCAAGUCUUGCCAACUACUAAGACGCCACUGACUGGCCCUGUGAAGCCGACGCUAUGCCGUAACACAUCCAAAAGCAUGCAUAACUUAGGAACCAGUACAAACUCGAAAGCCAGUCGGGCCCAGGGCAUGCACAACAGGUCCUUGAGCUUAAGUACAGACAACCUGGAGAAUAGCAGCCCAAGGACGUCCUCCCUGUCACCGGCCCCUCAAGGUGGAUGCAGAGGGAGGCGCAACAGUGCAUCAGGCAUUCAGGGAAGUUUGCAUCGGAGGUGUGUCAGUGCCAUAGCCUUGAAUGAGGGAGAUGGCCAGCUUGGAAUGAAGAGGAACAAGAGCUUGAGUUUAAGUAGACUGAACAGAUCAAGAAGUUCAAGCAUGAACAGUGUUGCCAGCUACAAGAAAGCAGACUACAGCCAUGUGCAGAGUAAAGUAAAGCAGUAUAUCAAAGAUGUUAAAGAAAGAGACAUGAGAAAUUCCACACGCUCUUUGCCAUCGACUCCUGCAAGAAAGGCAGUGCUAAGGAAUGAAGCAGAUGUUAUAAUGAUCAACGAAAGAAUGUUGAAAGAAUUUGCUGACUUGAAGCCAGAAGACCUUCCUGAAGACAUUAAGAAAUUGAAAAGCAAAGUCCUUGGGGAAGGUGGUGACCCCAAAGUCCUGGAGCACAUUCUGAGGCUGAUUUUAGAGGAAAGGAAAUCCCGUCAUGCGAGCGACACCACACUGGCUGCCUUGCAACUGCGCUAUGACAAUUUGAACGCAAAGUAUGCUGAGAAACAGAAUGAGAUUGACCGCCUUAGAUUCUACAAGGACAUUCACAUCAACAAAGACUACACAAUAACCCUCAGAGCACAGGAAGAAGGAAGACUCAAUAGAAAACACAACACAAACACACCCAACAUCCGCUCGCUAUCACCUAGCCUUACACCCAACAUUGUCAAGUCUACCUCCACUCCCCUUGUUGAUCCACUGUGGAGCUUUGCCCUGGAUCCGAGUGGCUCGUACAUGUUCCAGGAUAGCCUCCUGGUCGACAUGAACAAGGACCCAUCUCUGAUUGGGGACCAAGAGAGAGCAAAGGAUGGAGGUGGAGGACUGGGCCAGGAUGGAACCAGUCUGCAAAAUUGGAUGAAAGAAACUAAUAGUGUUCUGCAAAAGGUUAAGGACUUCACAGUAUUGCAGGGUCAUGGUGCAGUGCAACAGAGUGAGAGAAACAUGAUAUGGCAACAUAUAUUACAUGAGUAUUGGCGACUAGCAGGUUUGUUCCCUGUGCUGACGCUUGUGUCUCCAACGCACGAGCCAGGGAUCUUAUUACAGAAGCUUGGAAAGGCCCUCCAAGUUACAGCUGGCAGAUUUGACCUUGAACUAAAUAUUGGAAAGCCCCAGGAGUGUGAUGAUACCCACAUGCUCCAGCACUCCCACUCGGUGGAAGAUGCAAGGCAAUUGAGGAACGAUGGAAAAUUUGGCCCAGAACAGUCGUCAAGCUUUGAUAAGUCUGAGAGUCAGGAAGUUACAACUUCUGGAAAUCAGGUGAAGGCCUCUGUUGCUGUACAGGAGAAAAGCAAGGAUAAUAAAUUGUCUUUUGAAUAUUCAAAAUCAACUUUCAAAUCAGAAGAAUUCAUUCCACAGAUUGAUGACUUACAGAAAAGUAAUAGAAAUCCAGAACACAAACUUGUAGAUAAGCAGAACAGUCCUGAGAUUCCAGGGAGAAAUUCCGUUGAUGAAGAAGUGACACUGAAAAUUACCAAAACCAGAGAAGUACCCAAGUCGUCAAAGAUACAAAAUUAUGAGAAACCAAACAAGGCCGCUGCUCUGAAUUCAGAUUACUCAGAGAGUCAGAAUGUUGCCAAGAAAAGCACACCAUACAGAGUACUGGGUGAACAAGAAGCCAUAGUUGUGAAUGAUAAAUAUGAUGCGGAAAAGGAUUUGCCAUCUAAUCUGGAGGGUGAAAAGGAGCAGCUGGAUAUGUGCAGUCCAACUCACUCAAGGGAAUCAAUGGAAACAGUAGGACCAUUGGAGAAGGUAAAACUGUGGCAGGCAUCCCUCAUAGACUCAAUUCCUGUGCCAGGGGAGUACCAGUCUCCACCAAGCACUAGUGCACCUCCAUCCAUCCUUUCAGUCAACACCAGUGAACCUUUUGAUGCAGAAGAAGAUUUAAAUGCUCAUCUCUCUAACCUGAACCUAUGUGUUGUCCAGCAUGACAGUAGUGGUUUGGCAAACCAUAGUCCAGAAGCUGGUGGAUUUGUUAAUCCCCCUGACAACCAGUGCAUUGCUGACAUGGGUCAAGGUGUGGAUGCUGACAGUAGUUUGCCCAUAAAUUCCCCAGAACGACCAGAGACAGAGGGUGACUUGCCCAAGAGUCCUUGGAGAAGUAGCAGUGCAACUCCACGCUUGCAUUUGCAUCAGACUGUAAAGGCCAGGGAUCUUGAUAGCGGAUGCCCAGGCUCAGAGAGGAGUACAAGGAUGAGUCACAAUGCCAGCUUUGAACAUCCCGAUCAGGGUUCAAAUUUCCAUCCAAGUUUGGAAGCUGCUAGAGAUUGCAUCAAUGAACCAGAGGAGAGAGAAAAGUCACAAGUUGCAGAUAACCAGUGCUUUAGUGGUUUUGAGAAGAGAAGUAUGGGAGUGGAAAGUAUUCCCCAAGAAAAAGGCUAUCUGGACAGAAGUCUAAAACACCCCACAGAGGGACUGCCUUUAGAUGAAAGACUACAGAGAAGGGAUGUUAGCAUGGAGAGUCGUGUGCAUUCAGGAUGCAGUAGGAGCAGUAGGAAUAGCUCAAAGAACAAGAAGGACACUCAAUACAGCGUGCUAGGAUUGCAGGAUACUCAAGAACAGGACUUUAAAGAAAACUCAAAAAAGAGCAGUGCACAGAGACUGUUGGAAGACAAGGAUAUUGCAGAAGCAAGUGGAGAAGAGUCAAGUGACUAUAACAGGAGCCGUAAAAGGGAUCCCAAGAGAAACACAAGGACACGGAAAAGGAGCAAGUCAAGAAGGUCUUCGGAGAGGAACAAGCCUGGUUACAUAAAGAGUACACAUGGAGCCUGUAAUGAAGCAAGGUCCAGUACACCGGGGAGUCAAAUGCAAGAGGUUGCUAAUAAGCUUCACACGUCUCUUGAUAAGAUUGAUACCAUAAACCAAAACCUCAGGAAGUACAGGUCAAAGUACAUCAGUGGUUAUGCAUCUGACCUGUCUGAGGCAUCCACAAGUAUGCAUAGCUCACAUUCUGAUAUAUAUAGUAAUAUUUCAAAAUUGAAGAGGGAUUUCCAGAUUCUGCAGUCGCAGAUGUUAAACCUGAAGAGUGAAGUCUUCCAUGAAAAGAAGGGUGUGAUUGGGGAGUCAUCCAGAUCUCAUAAUGCCCAAAGAGGAAGGAAAAGUGAGCCAAUGAGGGCAUUAGAUUUCUCAAGACACUUAGAUGAAGACAUUCAUCUUGGAGUCGAUUCAUCCAUGGAUGUGUCACAUUCUGAACUUGUAAACAGAAGACAACUUCAGAUGGAUGAUAGGGUGAGUCGGAAAAAUCAUUCCUCCUCCAAGUUGUAUGAAAACAACCCCAGGCAUUUGUACAAUUUUUCCUCAGACUCCUCUGUAUCAACAUUUGAUGACUCGAGAAUGGAUCAGCUGCCCAAGAGCACUCCAAAAGACAGGCUGAAGGGGGCCUCAAGUGAGGGAAGGGCAAGGAGAGAUCCAAAUAGCAAAAAGGGUAAUAGAAAUUUCAAAGUAGAAAAACAUGAAUCCUUUAAUGACUCAAGUGCCAGGAGACAGUUGGAUCUCAGUGAAAUGGAAGUGAUUGACAUCAACAGCCCCAGAAAAGAUAAUCGACCAAUGAGCACACAGACUCAAAGUCCAGGUCAGAAUAUAGGGGUGCAAACAGAGGACAGGGUAGUGCCAUCAAUCCAGUGCACGCCAUCUCCAUUGCCCUUGAAUCCACCUGGAGACUUCAAUACGAGCCAGACACAACUCUCUGAAAUUGUGAGUGAAGCAGCUGGGAUAAUGAAUUUGGAGUCCGAUGCAGUGUCUGCGAGGCAUCGGUUGAAUACCUCAGCACCUGUUGUGUAUAUCCAGAACUACCACUGCAACAGUGAUAUUUCAAAAUCAGGGUCGGCAGGAGACAACAAGAAGCACGGCCCAGGCACUCCAAAGCGCAAACAUCAUCGAUCUGCCAGCUCCCAGCUCCUCAUUGAGUCCUUGAAUGAAGUAACGGGCAUCGCUGAAAGAGUGCGUCUGAGAUCGGAGAGCAUGCUAAGCUGCCUUGACUUACACAUAUCCGUCCAUGAAAACAUCAACAAAUAGUGGGGAAAUGCCCUUUCUCCACAAAUUACGUGAUGUUGCCUUUCUAUUUGUGGAACACAGUGUUAAAAAAGAUAUAUUUUUAUCAUUCCUUUCGUAGGUUUUUGAGCCAUAUGCUUUUUAAGAUUUCGGAGAUGUGGAGCCAUUUUAACUGAGGUUUGGAAUUUUUUUGUAGUUUCAAGAGGACUUCCAAAUAGAAUAUUAAAGCUGGUGAGAGAUAAAUCUUAUGGGAAUCUCGUUUUAUGAUUUGCUUUGAUGAAAGAUCUUAUGAAGAGAGGAAAGUUUUGGUAAACUGCAGAUCUGUUACAGUUAUGCAUCUGAUAUAACUAUACUUUUUUUUUUAGAUAUUACUGUUGUAUCAUACCAGUUGUUUCACAGUACCUGUUUUUUGUUUGUCUCAUAGAUGUGUAAAACUAUUUCACAUUGCUUUAGCAAAUUGCAUAGAAUGGUGAAAUACUAUGAAAAGAAUGCUGAAACUGUUGAAGAAUAUGAAAAAGAUGUAAAGUGAAAAAAAACUUAUAGUAAACUUAGUGUAUUUUCCUGAUAACCAAAGGCACUCGUACAAAUCCUAUCAGCACAGUAUUUUAGAAUGUAAACUAUGUAGGAUGAAGGUGGCCAUACUAAAAAAUUUUUGUAUGAUGCUUGUAGAUUAUUUUUGUAAAGGUAGUACAGUGUGAGAAUGUAUGUG